GACAGAUUGUCACUGCUCUUUUGUGUUUUUUUAAGCCCAUCUAAUCAUGAUUAUCGGCACGGAUGAAAAAUUACUUACCCACCAUGCGCAUUGAUCUUUCUUCAAUUGUUGUACAGUGUUUACGAAUUUUAUAAAAAUACACAAUGAGUAAUGAACACGUCGAGAGGGAACUUGACAGGAUUCGACACAAUUUAAAAGAUGACAACUCUAUCUCUAAUGAAUACGAAAUCGUCGUGUCAAGUCUGAAAGAAGAUUUGAUCAACUGCAAGCUUGAACAGAGCAAACUAUAUGUGGAAGUAGAAGCACUCAGACAAAGGAACCACAAUGAUGGUGAUUCCCUUCAACGCUCUUCAGCAGACUAUAAUCGUCAAGAUAAUUAUCUGCAUAGCGAUGAUAGAAGUAGAGAAAUGUUGAUGAAUCUUGAGAAGAGAAUAACAGUUUUGCAGAUGGAAAAAGAUUCUGUCUAUCAGCUGUGGCAAAUGGCGUUAAAAUCCAUUGAUAUUUUGGAGGAAGAGCUAAAAAGUGUACACAAAAUGGAUAAAAAUGCAAUGUUUUAUCAGCACCACAUUAAUAGUCUCAAAGAAAGCUAUUCAGAGGCUAUCAACGUUUUAGAAUCUAAAUUGAUAGCUGGUAAAGAAAAUUUCUUUGAACAGCAAGCACAAUGGGCUAAAAGUAAAGAUGAAAUUGAUAUUUUAUCAAAAGAAAAAAAUGAUAUUGCGCAGCAACUAAAUACUCUACAACAACAAUUUAUUCAAAAAGAAAAGGAAUACCAAAGUACUGAGAGCCAUUUACAAAAUAAUCUUAAGCAAUCUUGUGAACAAAUUGAAGCAUUGCAAAAAAGCAACACUGUGUUAGAAACAAAAUUGCAAAAUGCUCAACAACUCAUAAAUUCUUUGAAUUCCAAAGAUGAAGCAGCUCAGAAAAAGGUCUCAGAAGCUGUUGAAUUGGUUGAAGCUAUAACCAAAGAGAAAGAAGAUAUUUUGAAAAGAGAAGCAAUGGUAGUAGAAGAAAAAAACCAACUUCAAAUACUAUUGUCAAAAUUAUCUGAAGAUUAUGCUGUUAGAUUAGAGCAUGAAAUUUUCAAACUCAAAGAAAUGUAUCAUAGAAAUGUAAAAAAGUAUUUACUAGAAAUUAAGGAAUUAAAAUCUGAAUUAAAAGAAAAAUUAAUUUUGUUGGAUGGGUUGCAGCGUGAAAAUCAAUUAAUGGGAAGUGAACUUGAGAAAGUAAGGCGAUGUUCUAGUGAUGAUCAUGAAAAAUAUGGUCAAAAAAUGUCUAAUUCACAGAGAAAUGAUAUGUUCUCGAAUGUUAAAGAUACUCACAAUACUCAAUAUGAUGAUAGAAUUUCAUAUUUAGAAAAUCAAAUUAGUCAAUUGCAGGACAAAUUACUGAAUACAACUGAAAAGUUGAGACGAGUACAAUUCCAGAACUCUCGUGAUGUAGAAGAUCGUGUAAGAGAAGCUGAUAAUCGAACUAGAGAAAUUUUGGAAAAAUGUUCCAAUUUUGAAAGACAAUUGACCAGAGCACUCAUGGAUAAAGAAAGUUUAGUCUCUAACAUUCAUGAACUAGAAACAUCUUUGGAAAAAGAAAUUCAGAAAAGGAAUGGUGAAAAAUUAAUUUUGGAAAAUAAAGUUCGUGAUAUGCAGAACAAAAUUACCAAAGUAAACCCUAACGAAUUUUUCUCAAAAACACUACCAAAUGUUCAUGACGUUAAUCACAUUGGACAACAAACGUCAAUGAAUUUUGAUUCUAUCUCAAACAUUUUAGCAUUACAAGAAAAAUUUGAAAAGAAGACCAAGAAGCUAACACAACAUGUUGAAACACAUCAAAAACUCAGCAACAAGUGGAAAGAAGAGGCUAAUUUGAUUACUUCAAAAUUUCAAAAAAAGACACAAGAGCUUAAAAAUAAAAUAAGUGAUUUACAAAAACGUAAUGAAGACUUGUCUAGAGAAUUAUUAUUCUAUCAGCAACUUAUGGCUCGAUGUAAUACACACUUCAUUCAGAAUUAUGAGCAGAAUAUUGAAUCAAGUUGACAACAGGCAAAUGUAAAUAAACCUGAAGUAAAUAAAAUUCACUAACUUCUAGUCAAAAGUGUUUGUUA